GAGGGUUGCAGGGAGGUUGAAGACACUGACAGAGGGAGAAACAGAAGCAUUCACUGAGUUGAGAGUGGAACUGAAUGUGGACGGGGAGUGAGGAUAACAAAUGAUGAAGAGAAUGGAGACAAAGAGACGUCUUUCUUUUCUUUCUUUUCUCUCUUUUCUCUCACACAUUCAUUGAUGCGUCUACCCUCCUCCCCUCUCCACAGGUGGAGGGACUAUGACGCUGACUGCCUGACUAUCUCGUCUCAUUAUCAUUCCCCAACCCCCUCCAUCCGUCUCACACUACAGCUGGAUAAGCCAACCACUAACCGGCUCGACUCGCUCUCUUACAGAGCCGGGAUUUGAAGAUUGCAUCCUCACAUUUGUAAUCAGAUGUAGAAGAGGAUUAUCGCAAGGCCUCCUCCAUCUUGUGCACUGCCGAGAGUUGCUGAAAAAAAAAAAAAAAGGAGGGAUAGAAGAGGGGGCUGUGGAGGAGAGCAGAGAGGGAUCACAAGCAGCUCAGUGACUGGAGAGGAGUUAAAGAUAGAGGGAGGUCACCUGUGGAUGUGAGGAGGAGCUGGAGGAUGAAGGCUUUCUAAGAAACUACACCCUGCAUCCGACAGGGAAGGGAAAAUAGGGGUGGGUGGGGGGGGGGGGUAAACUCUCGGCAUCAAGAAUUUCCACGUAAAAAGGUCUUCCAUGGCAGAGCCAGGGCGUCCUGCGUUGGAGCUGCAUCCGCUGGGGGGAGAUGUUUCCUCAGAAUGCCCGGUCUCUGCUCAGUCACUCUUUGACCCCCAUUCAGAGACAACAACGCCCUCCAGACUGGCUGGAGGACCAGGUUACACCUGCCAGGAGGAGCGAAAGGAGACCACUGGCAACGUCUGUAAAGAAAAUUCAGUGACUCCUCCUACAAGAGAAACCAAACAAAGCAGUGUGAAAGUCAGCAGAGAGCCAGGUGAGAAGGAUCAAAACCCACCUGAACACUGUGUGACCUCCGGGGCUUUAAGCCACCAUCAUAAUCUUGGUAAAAUGCAAACAACCUCACAUCAACAAGAGGUAAUCGUGAAUGCAAUCUCUGAGAACCCUCAGGCGGGAGGGAUGUUGCAGGGCAUAAACGCAGCCUCUCUGCCUGUGCACAGGAGUCAUUCAGACACUUUACCAGGGGUUAGACAGGGAGCACCCACCCCAGGAGACAAUGAGAUUUGUGGACUUGCCUGCCAUGGAGGAGAUCACUUUUUUCAAGAAGCUGACAUCCAUUCCAUUUUAUCAUGCAAGCAACCCAUGGAACUGCAGCAGUGUAAGAUUAGCACUACUGUUUCCACCAGUGGAGAAGGAAGUGCAACGCAGCCUCAGAGCAGGUGUGUCUGCAGAUCCUUUCCUCAGACGGUCACAGUGGGGGGUGUUCAAGAAAACUGCCGGCCUCAAUUUAAAUGUGACAAGGCACUAUGCUGUGGCUCUUAUGUCAAUCAUGCACAUUUCGAGGACACUUUUGCUGCGUACUGCCACCCCCAGCCGAUCCCAGCCCCCUGCCAGCUGCUGCCACGCCUAGCAGGAGCAGAGCAGAGCUGUGACAGCAAGCGUGCAGCUGAACCUCCUUCAGCCAUAAACCACCUCGCCCUGCCUCGCCUCAUCUCCUCCGUCAGUGAGACGGGCCUGGAUGCCAAACACCUGCUGCGAUGCUGCAACCUCAGCUGCUCUUGGGUGAGCAAUCUACCUCCUGGUGCAAGGCCACAAUCCCCAAAACACUUUGGUUUAGAGGCGUGCUGCAGCAGUUCGGCUGGCCUUUUCAGAACCUCCACCCGAGAGAUGGGGACCAUGACAGCAAACAAAGUGUUGAGGGAUGUUGGGGUUCAAACAGGACAAAUCGUCACACCUCAUGUAUUUCCAGAAAUCUGUCUGGCAGAAGAGAGCAGGAGUGAGAUCUCUCGCAGUCCGACGCUGAAAACUGACAGCAAUGGGGACAAGAAACCAGGUGGUGCUCCAAAGUCUCCAGUGAAGGAGGUGAUGUGGGAUGCAGAAGGGAUGACAUGGGAGGUGUACGGGGCAUCUGUUGACCCUGAGGAGCUGGGCCUCGCGAUCCAGAAACACCUGGAGCUGCAGAUCAAGGAAACGGCUAAACAUGCCGCCAAGCUGUCACGCCAGGACACCAACACGUCUCGGCAGAGCGGAAACAACGGCUGUCAGAGGAAGAGGAGCAGAAUGAUGGGUUCUUUCCGAACCCCGGCCUGUUGUGCCCGGACCACGACAGCUGUGGACUAGCUGAUCAGCUGACUGAUAGAAGGGACGACAUCUAAAAACACUGUGUUUAGCAGCCAAUACGGCUGCCCAAAGCCUCAGCCUCAAAUGUCACUCAUCUAAUCAGACGGUCUACAAAAGAUCGAGUAAUGCAUCACCAAGGAAGGCCUGCACCCCAGAAUCAAUAGAAUCAUAAUUACAGAGAGACACAAAUGAAAAGGUGCUCGAAAGGGACUUAAUGAUGAAUUAACAACCCAUUAUAAUGCAUCAUUUGGUGUCAGUUGUUCAAUAUUUUAAUCAUUGGAAAUGUGACUUCUGCAGCUGUGCACUGCCAGUGUUUUUAAAAAGCCUCUUCAUGCAGUUGUGUUCUCACCAUGAACCACGUACAUGACAUAGUCAAGUCAAACAGCACCUGUAUGAAGCAAUCUGAUACAAUACACGGCAAGGCUAAUGUUGUAAAGCUUCCAAUGAGUGUCUGCGGAGGGGAAUGCAAUGACAUUCAAUAAAGAGAAACCAUGACCUUACCUUAACAGGACCUUUAAUUAACCCUUACCUUUCUUUUUUAACACUCCUAUUCCUUAUGCGUCUCCUCCCUACACAUGGGAGAGGAAGGAGAAGAAAGUUCUUUCUAUCCCGCCUCCUGGCUGAAUGUGAAUCCUCCUGGCGUUUGGGCUUUUGAGUGACAUGCGUAGGCAAAUGUCAGUGGAUGUCUUGCAGAGAGGAACUGCUGAGAACCAGGGUGCCUAACCCCUAGGCUUCUAUACAUGAUCAGUGUUGUGGAUCCUUUGUGCUCACUGUUCUGUUGUUACAUGCUCUCUGAGUAAAUUUCAACUUUGACCUUGAUUGCCACUGACAUUUCAAGUUGACCAGUAAAACAACAGCUGUGUACAAUGUAGCCAGAAACAAUGCAUGCAAACAGGGGAGGUGUAGAAGGGAAUUCAAACUUAAUGUUAUAGCAUUCUCUUUUCUCCCUCAAGAACCUAUAAACAGUCUAUGGCUGCAA